UCAGUUCGUCAGUACUUGCUUUUCCAAAUAUCCAAAAUAAAUUCGUAUCGAAUGAAACAAAUCUUUGUUUAUUGUAUAGAAGGUUGAUUUAUUCUAUCAAUCGUCUCUUAAAAUGGAUACAUACGAGAGUGUGAUACUCGUAAAAAAUGAAGUCUUUGUUUUUAAAAUACCCCCUAAAACUACAAACAGAGGAUAUAGAUAAAAAGUGGGUGUUUUUUAGGGCAGCAGAUUGGAACCUGCAAGAGCCACAAUGGACUGGUCGCAUGAGGCUGGUUUCGAAAGGGGAGGAAUUGGUAAUGAAGCUAGAAGAUAAAACAUCUGGCCAGCUUUUUGCUAAAUGCCCUAUCGAUAAAUAUCCGGGGGUGGCUCUCGAAUCUGUGACGGACAGCUCACGUUACUUUGUUGUAAAGAUUCAGGAUGAUAAUGGUCGCAGUGCUUACAUUGGACUGGGAUUUGGUGACAGGUCUGACUCUUUUGACCUUAAUGUGGCCCUUCAAGACCAUUUUAAAUGGCUAAGAAAAGAACAGGAAGGCCCUGCUGCCCCUGCACAGCAACUAGACCUUGGUUUCAAGGAUGGAGAGACAAUUAAGAUCAACAUGAAAAUUACUAAAAAAGACGGUUCAGACACGAAGCCCCGCCGCGGCGUGGGUGCCGCUGCGGGCGGUGGGCUGCUGCCGCCGCCGCCGGGAGGCUCGCGCCUGCCGCCGCCGCCGUCGCCGCAGCACGCGGCCUCGCCCGCCGUGCCUGCCGCUCCCGCGACCUCGGAGUGGGGCGAUUACAACUCUGCUAGUGCUCCAAGCCAACAGGCGACGACUCCAGCCAGUCAGCAGAACUGGGUUCAAUUUUGAAUUUGUACAUAGAGUAUUUUAUUGUGAUUUGAUGUCUGUAAGUGUAGAGUGAAUGUGUUCUGCACAAUACUUAUUAAUAUACUUAAUAGUGUAGAAUUCAUAUCAACCUGCCUGUAGGCUCAAACCAUCAUAUUUUGUUGCAUUAAUAGCCAGAAGAACUUAAGGAAGAUGUUAGAUGACAGAUCACAAUAAUAUAUUGCAAUAAUUAUAGAAAUACCGGUAGUAACGUAUGAUUUUUCUGUAUAUGUUGUAACUCUACCACAGAUGAAGGAUGUAUGUUACGUUGUUCACUUUAUGGGUGACAUUCCACGGGUAAAGGUACCUUAUGGUGGUUGACGCGCUAUUAUUUCUUCUUUUCGGUCGUAUACUGACCAUUGACGACCGGUUUGGCCUAGUCGGUAGUGACCCUGCCUACGAAGCUGAUGGUCCCGGGAUCAAAUCCUGGUAAGGGCAUUUCUGCCGUGUGCAGUUGUUGCUUGUGCUUCUUAAAGGACGCCCAGCAUUCCGCACCGCAGGCAUGGCGGGUCUCACGGCUGUUUUUCUUUCUUUCGAAUGCUUUUUCGAGAUCUAUAAAAGCGCAAUAGAGGUUUUUUUUAUUUAUUCGACAUUUCUCCGUUAAAAUGCGCAUUGUUUGGAUGGCUUCUGACGUUGACCUGCCAGGUGUAAAGCCGAAUUGAUUUUUUGUCGUGUGAGUCAAGGUUAGAGUAUGUGACGUUAACUUGAUUCGGAGUCUGAGACCAAUGACCCCAAGUAUAUGUAUGAUGGCAUAAUUUAACCGUUUCCAAUCGCUUUUGGUUUAGGUAUUCACGUUGUUACGGUUCACGACCAUCAUCUUGGUUUUCAGUCGGUUGAUGCUCGAUUAUUAUUAACAAUGCUCCAACACAAAUGCGGUGCUACGCGACAUACCAUUAUUAGGUACUUUUAACCGUGGAAUGUCACAUAUUGUUUUAUUUAUGUAAGUAUUAAAUAUUAAUUUGUUAUUAAUAGCUCCUAAUCGCAUCUAAACUAGGUUUUUACCGAAUUAACUUUUAUUUCUAUUUUGAAAGUGAGUUGAAACAGCAAAGUUGAAACAAAUACAACAGUACUUCGGCAGUGAGCGUCUUAUAUGGCCCGCUCUAUAAUCCGGCAGUUUACACAGCCGAACGCCGGAUUACAGAGGUAGUGCCACGUUUUUGUUUUCGUGCUUUUAUUUCCCAUCCGGUAGUUCCAACAAUCCGACAAAGGGGGAAAAUAUCGGGUGCCGGAUUUCCGAGCGCUUACUGUAGUAAUGAAGAAUAUUCUAUCCUUGAUAACAAAAGGACUUAAAAAGCGUUGCCUCUUUUUUCGGCUUAAAAUAUAGACAUUGUAAUUUAACAAAAAAUUUAGUUGUAUUUGAGUGCCCAUUACCUUAUUAAAAAAAAACUUAAGUUAUAUUACUGUUUUACUGUAAGCACUAUUCUAUCUUGCUUUUGGCACUCAUACUAUUUUAAUAAUUUAUCUAAUAGUGUAUUCUGUAUUAUUAUUCGCUUUUGUGAUUAAGUUUCAUUCCAUUAAUAAUUGUAAGUAAAAUCAUAAUACCUAUUUCAUUACGUAUAUAAGCAGCUUCUUGUUAGAUUAGUCGACGACGCCUGACGCUUAUAAUUAUAAAUUUCUAAAAAACAGCUUAAUAGGUUUUAGUUAUAUUUUCAACAGGCGGUCAUGAUUAUGUAUACAAAACAUGGUAUUUAAUAUCCAAGUGUUCAUGUAUAAAAGUGUUCAUGUGUUUUUUAACUAGAUGGCAGUACUUAGCCGUGAGGUCCAAUAGCACCGAAAAGUUCUAAUAGCGAAUUUACAACAACUCUAAAUAGUUCUUGCAUUAAACGAGCGAUUGGCUCGGAUUAAGUCUAUAAAAUCGGCUAGUUCUUGAAAUAAGGAUUUACUUACCGCUUGUAUCAUUUCUCGUCGCUAUCUUGGCGAGCGUCACAUACUCUUAUAUAUUUUAUACAAAUAAUGUAUUAUUAUAUAUGUUAUAACUUUAUCGGAACUCUAAAGAGUAAGGGUUACAAUUUCUGUCUACAUAAUAGAAUUAGGCCACACACUGCAAGUAUUAUUUAUACAUUAUAAUUUCAUAGAAGUUUAACGUUUAAAAUAACACUUGCACAGUCUGGGCUAUCAAAAUCGUUGCAGACUUAUUUUGGUCUAACUCUAGUACACUUUCAACCGUUCCCUUGCUCAUCUAAUAUGUACGCUGAAAACACUAUGCAAACACGAAGUCAAUAAGACCACUAAUGGUUUGUGAACAAGCACCAACACAACGAAGGACAUCUAAUGUACGAGUUGGCCCUGUUAUUGUUUUACAAAUACCGACCUUGCUUUGCAUGAAACAAGGUUAAUUUUACUUGAGACAAUAUUUGUUAUUAAGAAUCUUUAAAAAAACAUUAAUUUUUAAUCAAUAUUUCUUGUUGUGCGACCUUUGUCUAAAUGUCUUGAAGUCAAAAGCAAUCGCAUUAUUAGCAAUAAUAAGUUACAAUAAUUAUAUUUCAGUAUAUUUGCUAACAUCACGAGACCCGACAACGAUAUAUAUUGUAGGCGUAAUGUCGACUUAAUAAUUAACCUAUAGAAUAGGUAGAUACAUUUAAAGAUUGAAUAUUUUUAUCUUGGAAAUAGUUAUAGUAGACUAUUUUGGCUCUACUUUGUUAUCGUAUGUUGUUAAAAUUGCAUGUUGUAGGUGGUUUCAGUGUAAAUAGGUACAAUUAUAAUAUACAGAAAUAAACAGAGGUACCUAUUUUAAAAUUCUAUACAUAUACUGUAUUAUAUGCGUACAGAUUAGAUGCAAUGCAAUAAUCACAUUAUUUUCGCUAUAUGUAUGGUAAUAGAUCUGUAUUCAGAUAUGUACAAAUAUAAUAAACGAGAAUUACCACGA